AUGCUUCCUGUGCAUGCAUCUCCAACUCAGCGAGCAACAAUGAACAGACAUGGCUACUCCAAUUCAGGCGCAUAUCCGCUGGGCGGACGCUCUCACUUUUCUAUCGAACCUCACAAAUUCGCUCCCCGCUCACAGCCCGCUAUGCGACGACGUCGCCAACUCAUGCUAAGACUGGCCCUGAUCGGCUCUUUUCUGUUGGCCGCCAUCUUCCUCUUCUUCCCUUCAACGCGCCAGGCCGUAUUACCCACGCUAUCAUUCGGCCUCUUUUCCGGGAGCCAGCAGCUCCAACUCGAGACUGUCCGUUACUACGAUCUCGCCAAUGUCCAGGGCACCGCAAGGGGCUGGGAGCGGGAAGAGAGGAUUCUCCUCUGUGCCCCUCUCAGAGACGCUUCUCCCCAUUUGCCAAUGUUCUUUUCUCAUUUGCGCAACUUGACUUAUCCUCACCACCUCAUCGACCUGGCCUUUCUCGUUGGUGACUCCAAAGACAACACUCUUACCCUACUCUCUGAUCUUUUGGCCCAACUGCAAGCCAGUGAGAAGGAUGGCAUGCCUUUUGGCGAGGUUUCGGUCAUCGAGAAGGACUUUGGACAAAAGGUCAACCAGGAUGUUGAAAGUAGACACGGCUUUGCUGCCCAGGCUAGCAGAAGAAAGAGCAUGGCCCAAGCACGUAACUGGCUUCUGAGUGCUGCUUUGCGUCCCACACACAGCUGGGUCUACUGGAGAGAUGUCGACGUUGAGACGGCGCCAUUCACAAUUUUGGAGGAUUUGAUGAGACAUAACAAGGACGUCAUUGUGCCCAAUGUUUGGCGACCUCUGCCUGAUUGGCUCGGUGGUGAGCAACCUUACGAUCUUAACUCGUGGCAGGAGUCCGAGACUGCCCUGGCCUUGGCCGACACACUCGAUGAAGACGCCGUCAUUGUAGAGGGUUAUGCAGAAUAUGCUACCUGGCGACCUCACUUGGCCUACUUGCGCGACCCUUACGGCGACCCGGAUAUGGAGAUGGAAAUUGACGGCGUUGGUGGUGUCAGUAUCUUGGCUAAGGCCAAGGUCUUCCGUUCAGGUGUUCACUUCCCGGCCUUCAGUUUCGAGAAGCACGCAGAGACUGAAGGAUUCGGCAAGAUGGCCAAGCGCAUGCAGUACUCGGUCGUGGGCCUUCCUCAUUACACCAUCUGGCAUCUUUACGAGCCCAGCUUGGACGACAUCAGGCACAUGGAAGAGAUGGAGAAGGAAAGGAAAGCGCGUGAAGCAGAAGAGCUCAAGAACAAGGAGCGUAUGGACAAAAUCCAGUCUCAAUUCGAUGACACAGCCAGCGAAUGGGAGAAGGACAAGUCGGAAAUCGUCGAUGCACAAAAAGCAGCAGAUGCGGCCAAAGACGUAGCCGGUGGUGUCAAGGAUGCUGCUGGCAAUGCCAAAGAAGCAGCCAAAGAAGUGGCUGGAGAAGCCAAAGCUGCGGCGAAGGGCGCAGCUGAAGGUGUCAGAGAUACUGCCAAGGGGUAA